AUGGCAAAAUCAAGUUUCCAGGACGGAAAAGUAUCUUUCAAAAUCAAAUCUCGAACCGAACUGUGCGAGACAUACUACAAAAUCUAUGGCUAUCAUCUCCAGACAACGCCAGUGAUUGUCUUACAUGGCGGUCCUGGAUCAGGCCACGAGUACGUCGAGCCCUUUAGUGACCUAUGGACGAAAUACGAGAUCCCCGUGAUUCUAUACGAUCAGAUUGGAUGUGCGAGAUCAACUCAUCUUCGCGAGCGAAGGGACGAUAGGUCUUUCUGGCAACCUAAACUAUUUGUUGACGAGCUGGAUAAUUUGAUACAGUGUCUCGGUCUCGAUGAAACUGGCCAUGGCUAUUACAUUCUAGGGCACAGUUGGGGCGRCAGUUUGGCAGUUGAAUUUGCUGCGAGACAACCGAUGGGAUUGAGGAGGCUCAUUCUUGCUGGAGCAAAUGCUGCGUUUCCGUUGCUUAAACAGAGCCUAUGGGAAUUGCUGAAGCAACUUCCUAUGGAAACUCAGAGAUCUAUCGAGCAGGCUGUGGAAAGACAAGACUUCUCCGGUGAGGCCUAUGGAGAAGCGAUCGGAACGUUCAUGAGCACGUUUCUGUGUCGUGCUCGCCCAUUCCCACCACCUGAACUAGCCGCUGAUAUGGCGAAUAAUGAGGACGAUGACACAGUCCGCGCUACGAUGUUCGGUGCAUCACCUUUUGUCCUUGACGGGUCGGUCGGAGAAUGGGAUGGAAGAAGCUCACUGUCGAACAUCAGUGCUCCGACUCUUGUGUUCAAUGGGGAAUAUGAUACCGCACAGUAUCGAUCGUGA